UGGUCAGAGCUGAGGCAGCGGCCAGAAUCCCUGGGCCGGCUGACUGACGUGCGGUUGGGCAUUGUUCCUGGGCAUCUGCUGCUCGGAGCGCCCGAGGAUGUCUCCAAUGAGGAAGGCCCAAGUUUCUGCUGACAGCUCCAGGGAUCAUCAGGCCUGGAAGAAAUGUGACUAUUGGGGUGGAGCUUCUGGAACACAGCCCCUCACAGAUCACUGUGAAGGUGGAGCUGGUCAAGAUGUUGGCCAACCUCACCGUCUCUGUGCUGGAAGCAGAAGGAGUCUUUGAAAAAGGACCCCAAAUCAAAUUUGAUCCAGCAGUCAGAAGAAAAUGAUCUUGGAGUCAUUUCCAAAACUUUCCAGUUAUCUUCCCAUCCAAUACUUGGUGACUGGUCCAUUCAAGUGCAAGUAAAUUGUAUGAUGGUGGAGCAGAUAAGACCUGCCCUCAGGGAUGCAAGACACAGCCUCCUAGCCCAGGGCAAGCCUCACUGCCAGCUGGGAGUCCUGGUACUGGACCCACUACAGCCACACGUCCCCUGGGGAUGACCUCACACCACUGCUACUUGCUGUAAGUGAAAACAAAGAGCAAAUGGCAGAAUUUCUAGUAAAGAAAGGGGUAAAUAUACAUGCAGUUGAUAAGUGGAAAAGGUACAGUAGUGUGUUCUUUUUUUUUUUUUUUUAACCUUAGUGUUGUUUUAGAUUAGUAACAGCCACAAUGGAGGAAGUAUGAAAAAGGAACAGCUGUCAGGUUGGGGGCCAGUAAUACCUGCUGCAGGAUUCACUGGAGAAUUCUGAGCAGAUGAGAAAGAGGAUUAGAUUUCAGUAUUAGGGCUCUCUGGUUAUGACAUAAAGCAGGGAUCUACAAGCUUUUCCUGUAAAGAGUCAGAAAGCCCAUAUUUGAGGCCAUGUGGUGUCUGUUCUGUCACCUCAGCUGUGCCAUUGCAGUGUGAAAGCAGCUGUAGAUAGUACCGGAUGACUGUGCUCCGGUAACACUAGAUCUACAGAACCAAAUGGCAGGGUGGGUUUGUCCUGUGGGCUGUAGUUUGCCGACCCCUCAUAUAAAGGAUGGCAGGCCAGAAAUACCGUGCUAUUUAAGCGUGACAGUGCCAGUUUAUGGUACUGAUUCUGUUGAUGAUGUCGUUUGUUUUUCUCAGCCUCACAGAGUUUGGUUAGGACUGUCGUCCUUGUAAAGAGCUGUUCACUUUGAGGGUGAAUAGGAGUUCUGAAAGAUGAUGCUUUAAGCAGGGCUUCCCAACAAACCUGAUCUUGAUGACUCGUGGCCUUCAUCAGAUGAAGACUCAGAUUUUGAGUCCAAGAUAUGAUGUCAGCAUUGAAAUUAGGAAAAAAGAAGAUACGGAAUCUCCUUGGGAUUCUGAGGUUCUGUCUAUUACCAUCAUCAUCAUCAGUCUAAAAUAGUAUCUCUGAGAGUCUACCACAGAAGUAUGUUGAUCAUUUUUCUGGGGCUGCAGAUCAAACAGGAAAAAAUAUAUUAAAUGGACAAACAGAAGGUGUUAGAGAUAAAAAGAUCCUGAAGACAGAGGAUGGCCCUGCAAGAAGCUUACAGUCUACUGAUGGAGACAAGAAUGACUUGGGAGUUGCCCCGCAGCUGUAGGAGCAGUGACUCACUGUAAUGGAGCUGUUAUGUAGAGAUGCUAAGAUGCAGAGGAAAGUUCCAGAGCAUAUGGGAGAAUGUUUGCUGGAAAAUUACUUGGUUAGAACCUGACAGUCUUACCAGCGUCCUGGGGUUGGUGGAUACCAGUGAGGCUGUGGAUGUCACCACUGAGCAGCUUAGUUUUAAGUGCUCAGCGGGCAGGAGGAGACCCUGUGGCAUGGAGUGGAUGGAAGGCCCGUGCACCAGCUGCAGCACGAAGAGGUGGGAGCUAUGGCAGGCUGUGACGGUGAUCUGGAUUGUGUUGCAGCCCGGCUGGCACACGUGCUUCAGAUCCUCCACACUCUGAUUCUCCUUUUCCAUCCUGGGUCUGAUGUUUAUGAACUUCUGUGGAAGCUUAUUCUUAUUGCUGCCUCCUGGGAAGUUUCUAGUUUUCUCUUGUUCGUCUGGAACACCGUCUUUGCUGUAAAGCCUCCAGUGUCUCGAGUUACUUUAAAGCAGGUGACUGAGCAGAUCAAGAAUUUGGAGAACAAAAACAGAGAACUUGCAGAAAAUAUAUCUGCUUGGGUGCAGAAGACCAACAACGCAAAGAAAUGCUUAGAGGAGACCAUCAGGCAAAAGAAGAUGCGCUCUGAGAAAGCACUGAAGUUUAAGGAGAACUUGAAAACCAUUGAGAGGGCGAGUGAAUAUUUGAAUGACGUCAUUCAGAUUGCUCAAGCUAAGCUGCAGGCAGUGAGGGACCAGAACGCCAAGAGUCCACACUUGCCAGGUGUUUCGAAGACCAGAUCUGAGGGUUCGAUGCAGAGAGCUGUGACAACUGGGGACUGCAGCCUGGAAGAAGUUAAAAAGAAAAUGCAAGACCACCAUGCUGCAUCGGGAUCUCUGAAAGAAGGUGAGGAAGACAAUUUCCAAAGGCAGGUGAAGAAAGUACACGUCUGUGAUGAAAUCGGUGGACAGAGAACUAUGGACACUGAAGGGAAAGUGAACAUGAACGGAUGUGAGCUGGUGGGAAAGCAGCAGCUGUUGGUAGCAGAGGAGGAGGCAAAGUUGGCUGAAGAGAAGACACAACAGUACAAGAUAAGACUUGAAGAAUGUCACGGGCAAAUGCGGGAAGCAGAGAUCAUUUGGAGACACCAGGUCGCUCUUGCCGAGAAGGCCCAAGACAGCUCGCUCAGGGCUCAGUAGCUGGAGAGGGAAAACUCUGAGUUGAGAAGGGAAAACUCUGAGCUGAGAAGGGAAGUUGCCCACCUGAAACAGAGAUUGGAUGCAAUCUGCAGACGGAGGCAGGCAGAGGAAUACAUGAGGCAGGAGCCCACCCCAGGAGGACCACACAGGCUGCAUCCUCCCCUGAGAGCUUCAGGGCCGGGUGGCUCCCCUGUGAGGAAUGGCACCGCCUUCCCAGCUCAGGAGGCAGAGGAAACCCAGGGCACCCUGCAUGCCGGAGGGCCCCAACCUUUCCGAGGACCAGCCCGCGUGGCCUUCCCCGUGAGCGGCCCAUCGUCUUCCAGCGGGCCACCUGCACCUGGGCCCCCCUUGUGCCCUGUGCAGCCAUGCCCACCACCAGCAGCUGCUCUGCUCAAUGGUAUGUCAGUGUGCCACUUUGGAGAACAGAAAGGAAAAGGUUCUUCCUCUGAUAAGGAGGAAGGGGAGACUGAGCCCGAAAUUAAAAAACCAGAAUACAAAAAAAAAAAAAAAACCCCAAAAACAAAAAAAGAAAAAAGAAACCAGAGUACAUUACUGGGACUGUAGAAGUUGCUCCAGAGGAACUAACAGAUCACAACACACUGACCUCUGUUGGUGGAGCACACAAAGCUUAUACACUGGCCAACGCGGGACCUGGCCCGGCUCCGGUGUGGCCCGGCAGCGCCCGCCCACCUGCGGCGGACCCGGAGGCCCAGGUCACUGUGGAUUCCAGAGAUCCUGGUACUUCUCCAGGACCACCUGGUGUGCCUCACCGCAUGGGCCGCCCAGCGUCACUUCUCAGAGGCUAUUCGCCACCUCCACCCCCACCACCCUUGUGGCCUCUGCGGUCUCAGCCACCGCCACCCCCACUGCCACUAGUUACUGCACUUGGUAAGAUGAGAGCAUGUGCUUCUUCUCCCUUGUCGAGUCUUUGCAGAAGGGGAGAUGGCACUCAAGGGCCUUGCGAUGCCUGAGGAAAGCUGACUUGGGACAUUGUAACAUCUGUCUAGCGUCCCAGCAUACACAUCUGAUGGACUGUGUCAUUUCCCCGUCCUGACCUGGGAAGCAGGCGUCUCUUGUAUAGAACAGAAGAGACUUUUGACAGAAUAUCAAAUGAAUUUGAAGUCCCAGUUUGGCAGAUGUGCCUCUUGCAUGGACCAUGUGAUGUGAUGGUCUGUGAGGGGUGAAGCACAUCCCUAAGUUCAGGGGCUCAUGGGGUUCCCUCGAGAGGUGAGGGAGCGAGUGAGGGAGAGAGACAUUCACAACAGACAGCUUGUCACCAUAGCAGACAUGCCCAUGCAGGGCCCCAGAGUGCAGAAGAGGGACACGUGAGCCACACAGGAGUGAAUAGGAGGGUGUGGAGGGGAAGAAAGAAGUUGAGGGGCUGCCCAGUGGCGGUUUGUUGGGUUCACUCAGAUGGAGCUGGAAGGUCACUCCCGGCAGGGCGGGCAGCUCAGGCGGGCCAUGUGAAUGCAGCGUGAGGUCCACUCAGAGCCACGUGUGUGUGCAGGGGACUCAGUGCAGCCAUGCACGUAUCCCCUUCAGAACCCACUGCCUCCAGAAAGCCCUCAGUUCACAACCUCAUAUAAAGAUGAUUGUUCUCUUGGGUUUCUGAAAGUUCUGGGUCUGGAUGAAAUCUCUGGAUAUCAGAGAAACUGAAAUUUAGCUUGUUUUUUUUCGGGGUAUUUUGUGUGACUGAAGUUUUCUUUUGCCCCAGUGAUUUGAAAAGUGCAGGCAGGAUUUAGUUCAGCUGAGCAGGUGCCUUGCCCUUCAGCAUGAGGCAGGUUCUUUGGGGGAAGUCAGGGGUGAUCAGGAGACCCCCUGUAGGACCCCUGUCCCCACACCCCUGCUCCCUUCUGUCACCAUGACCACUGUCAGCUUGGCAUCUCCACAUUUAUGUCCCAAGAUCCAAUUUCUGAUUCUUUGAAUUCUUGCAGUUCAGCCCCUAACACCAAGACUCAGUGGGGCCCCCACAGGGCCUCAGCGUUGUCUGUGAGCCGGGGGGUAACGCUGGUCCCUGACGUCAUUGUGAGGAGGGUUGGGUCAAGCACACACAUUGUUUUGCGAAAUGACUGGGACAUAUUUCUCACUCAGCAUUCUCAUAGUUUAAAAGAAAGUGUCUGCACAGAAUCAUCAAAAGAGACCUCAGGAAGUACAUUAAAUUAAACUGAAGAUAUAAGAGCUCAGGCCCAAAGCUUACCAUUCUCUGCUUUAAAGAUAAGGCAAAAGAUCCCUUUCUUCUAUUAAAUCUUAAGUCCUACUAGUUAAAGAAGGAAACAUAAUUAUGAGAAUGUGCACAUUUUGAGAUGUGUCUCAGAUGUGAAAAUAAUUAUUUUCAUUCUGUAUAGACACAGAGAUGCACACACAGACUACAGUGUCCGUCAGAGGCCAUGCAUACAUUAGAGAAGACAAAAUCGGGAAAAAAUAAGAUCCUAUUUAAGUAAAUAACUUUUUUUGCCUUAUAGCACAGUCAGUUUGACAACUGAAGGGGCCCCUCAGCUGUGGCAAUGAUGUGUUUAGAGAAGAUGUCGGAGGUGCAUUACGGCCCGAAUGUUUCCCUGCUCCAUCCUGCCCCCUCCUCUGUUCUCUCCUAUUGUCAUCCCUAAUGAAUCUGUCACAGUUCUCUCUGUCAGUGUCUGCUUCCUGGAGGACCAGUGAUCACACCCUCUUGAGGGCAUGCAGUGAUUCACGGGCACACAACUCACAAACUAGCAGGAACUAGGAUGACAGGUCAGACACAAGGUUACCCCUUCAGGGCAGCUGUGACCGCAGGGGCCCCGGGGCUCCUCCUGGGUGGUGGGUACAGCCUGUGUCUAGAUCUAGUGAUGGCUGUGCUGCUUCAGUCUGUAAACACUCACUGGGCAUGUGGGGCCUGUCAGACAUGGGUGUCUGGUCGUGAGCUAGAUGACCAGAAUGAAGUGGCCGUGUCUCAUGGUGAGGAACGGAUGAGGUGCAGGGGGGGCCAUGGGCAUCCAGCGAGAGGCCCUGCACUGACCAGGCCCGUGCCCCCACCCCGCAUCAGCUGUCCGGCAGCCCCGGCUCCAGGCAGACCCUGAGGGGGGCUGUGGGCGGCAGUGCUCUCAGUGAGCCCCGUGAGCGCCAUUCAUCCUCCCACAGCCUCCUGACUCUGAGGUGGGUGGGGCAGGGUCAGUGGGUGGGACACCACCACUGCCAGGGAGAAGGUGUUGGGUAUAAAAAGAGUCCACUCCACUCUGCGCCAGCUGUCCCUGGAGCCCACGGGGCCCUCCCUCCUUCCAGGUGGGGGAGGCAGCCAGCCCUGCAGCAACUCUGUUGUCCAGGCUGGGCCACAAACAGGUCAAGGUGAGACUGCUGCGCUGCCUGGGAAGUGGGGGGAACAGCGAUGCAGCAGUAAAUGCCAGCAGGAGCAGCUCUGUAACCGGGCUCCUCCACUGUGAGCAGGGCUGGGGCUGGAACAUCGCUGUGAGGAUGGGAGGGCUGGGAGAGAUGUGGCCCUGUGUCUCUGUGGCCCUGGACAGGGCUAGACCUGAGCUCAGGGCCUGAGGGCCUGGGGGAGAGGCAGAGAAAGACACACGCAGGGAGAGACAGUGUGUGAGUGAGAGAGAGAAAUGUGGGGGUCGUGUCCUAAAGAGGGACAGAAGGUGACAAGAGGGACACCGGGUAGGGGGAAGCAGAGACAAGAGGAGGCAGGAAGGAGAGGGAGCCAGCCCAGGGUGCGUGGUGGGGGACGAUGGGCCAGGGUGACUGGGAAGGGGAGUUGGCCCAUCCUUCACCAAUCCCUGCAGCUGCCACUGUCAGGGCUGCAGGGACCAGCAGCCCGCCCAGCUAGACAGGCACCAUCGGCCCUCAGGACAGGGCUGAGAGCCGUGCCCAGGGCCCUCCGGCCACUUCGCAGGUAAGGAGGACCAGGAGGGCUCUCCCCAGCACCACAGCGGCACCAUCUCUAGCUUCACAGGGACCCUGUGAGCAGACACCGUCCCAUCCCCGUUCCACAGAAGGGAAACUGAGGCUCAGCCAGCCAGCUGACUUAGCCCUGUCUGCAGGGUUAUUCACUUUCCCGAUGCUUCUUUCCCAGACAGGCCUGUGCCCCUAUCCUAAGAAGGGGGCCUGUGACAAGCCCAAAGGCCUGGGUCCCACCUGACUGCCCUCUGGCGCUGGGUGACCUGGGCAGGUCUCUUCCCCUCCUUGGGCCUUGACUGUAUGACCAGCGGCCCUUCUCCCCAUCUUCCUGGGAAGUGGGACCCCAGCAGGGCCAUCGCUCCAGGCCUCCCAGUCCCCUGGGUGGGUGUGGGGUGAGCUCUGGCUCUUGGGGGGAAUUCCUUUCUGGGUGGGACGAUGGCUCACGUGCUCUUACCACUUUUUCUGGGGUCACAUCUUGCUGUUUCCGUCUGGAAUGGGACUUACCUACCAUGGAGCCUGAAACUUGGUUUUCCACAUUUUUCUAAAUUGGCCCUUGUGCAGAAGAGCGGCUCCCCUGGCUGGGGUGACAGACCCAGUCCUGGUGAGGAGGCCCUUCCUACUCCCCUCAUCUCACUGCUGCUGGCCCCCCUUGGAUUCCCUGCUCCCACCUCCCCAUGCCAAGCCCAGCCUCUCCCCCUGCCCCAGAGACCCCUCCUCCUGAGGGAAGUUGUGGGGCCCUUAGGGUCAGGACUCCAAGCCCUGUGUCAUGACAGGGAACACCCCAGCUGAUUGGUGACAGGCCUGGAAGCAAGGGUGGGGCCCUGAGCCCCAAGACGGGCUGUGUGGCCUUGGUCAGGUCACAGCCUCUCAGCCCAGCAUAGCCUCACACACCCUUCCAGGCCCACGUGCCUGAGAUGUCAGUCACACACACAGGCUCCAGCCCCACUCCCCACCCCCAUGCAGGCAUAUGGAGGGCACACAUGCACAUACAGGAACAUACACACAUGCACAGGGACACACACAUAGGGUCAUCCCCCAGCCACCAGGAUGCCACUUUUUCAUUCUUACAUGUCGCUGCUGCAAUAAAUAAUUAAAACAUGAAUAUUCAAAUGGUAAAUGCUAGAGAGGGUGUGGAAAACAGUGAACCCUUGUACACUGUCAGUGGGAAUGUAGUUUGGUACAGCAAUUAUGGAAAAUGGUAUGGAGAGUCCUCAAAAAACUAAAAAUACACUUACUAUAUGAUACAAUAAUCCCACUCCUGGGCAUAUAUCCAAAGGGAUCCUUAAUACAGAAAGACACCUGCACCCCAAUGUUCAUAGCACUGUUUACAAUAGCCAAGACAUGAAAACAGCUUAAAUGUCCACCAACAGAUGACUGGAUACAGAACCCGUGUCAUAUGUAUACAAUGGAACACUACUCAGCCAUAAAAAAAUAUCAUGCCAUUUGCAGCAACAUGGAUGGCCCUGGAAAACGUCAUUCUAAGUGAAGUAAGCCAGAAAGAAAGAAAAACACCAUAUAACAACACUCAUGUGGAAUCUAAAAGAAAUUAAACAUAGAAAACAAACUUAUGGUUACCAGAGGGGAACGGGGUGGGAAGGGAUACACUGGGAGUUCGAGAUUUGCAGAUAGUGACUGGUAAAUAUAAAAUAGAGCAACAAGUUUAUACUACACAGCACAGGGAACCAUAGUCAGUAUCUUGUAGUAGCUCAUGGUGAGAAAGGACAUGAAAAUGAGUAUACAUAUGUUCAUGUAUGACUGAAGCAUUGUGCUGUACACCAGAAAUUGACACAUUGUAAACUGACUAUACUUCAAUAAAAUAAAAAUUUAAAAGCCUGAACAUUUAAAAUGACACUUGAGAGAAAUGGCCCCAUCUCACCAAAGGCAGGAAAACGCUGAGACACUACGGGGAGGAGGAGGGGAGAUGGCGCUGAGAGGCCGGGGAGUGGGAGGGCAGCUAUAGAGGGGUGUCAGGCAGGGGGCAAACGCAGAGAAGAGGGGAUAGUUGCUCUGGCUCGGAACGCUUGCCAGCCAGAUGCGUGACAAGUCCCUGUGGCAUUUGGACAGGCCAUGGUGGGGCAGGGCUGAAAAUGGGCCACGGGCUGACCUGGGUGUCUUUCUGGCUUCCAGCUGGGCUGGAGAUGGAGGGACACGUGUGACCCAGCCUCCUCCAGCCAGAGUGAGCUGCGGAUCUCCCUGGGCACAGGCUCAGCAGGGAAGGUCUGAAGCUUGGCCCCUGCCUGG